UGUCAAUAGGGAGGUUGUACAGAAAGACGGCGGGCCCACUUAUGGAGCUCUUAUGCUAUGCUGUUGUAUCAAUUUAACCACUCAUAUCUGGGACUGACUGCAGUUGCCCUUCAUUGGCUGAAACGGCUUGGUUAACAUGUGGCUUUGAUCUCCGGCUGUCCGGCUCCUGUCCUACUACGUUGUUUUGAUUAACGGGGGAGUGUUUUGCAUUAAUAUUUUAUAUUUAAUCUAUUUUUAUCAACGAGUUAUUUGCUAUACAUUGGUUUUUAAAGUGGAGCCAAUUGCUCUGGGAGCAGGCCAAGUGGGAAAGCGGACCCCGGCGGGCGGCGACCGGGUCCGCGGCUCGCUUGGUCGCUAAGCAAACCGUCGGCGGCCUCCCUCCGAUCAUCGUCGUCCUCGUCAUCAUCACCAAAGGCUCAACCAGACUUUUUCCUCCCACCAAGUAUUUGCUUUCGCACGCCCCACUUCCCUCUCUUGCGCGCCCUCCGCCUUGGCUCGCCCACCGGAAUCCCAACCAUCUCCGUUUACUCGCGAAAACUGCUCCACACCCCCCCCCCCCACCCCGGCGGACCCCUCGGAGCCGCCGCGCGGAAACGCGAGCACGCGAAGGGGAAGCGCUGCGAGCCUGCGACGGCCAGCCGCGGCCUUUAAAUCCACGCGGCGGCCCUCCGCCAGCGGCCAGCCAUUCCCACUCCCAUCGAAACGGCUUCGUCCCCUCGGCCUCGCUCUGCUCCGCUCCGCUCCGCUCCUUCGCGGCCGACCGAUCAACAUGGAGUUCGCGCGCCGGGGCCCAGCCGCCGCCGCGGCCGACGGCGACGUCAGCGACUGCCGCCGCUCCCGCGACCCUCUGUCGCACGGGUAUUCGACUCUGGUGAUCAGGGACGCGUUGCAGGCACAGCUUCAGAAGGAUCGCCUUCGCCAGGAGAUCAUCGAGGCCGAGCUGGCCAAGAUAGAUCGCGCCCUUGACCGCAUUUCCCUUGCUGAUGUGCAACAGGGUAUCCCCUACUCCUGUGCUAAGGAGUUCAUGCCACACCUUGGGUUUUCGGGUGUGGUCAAAGAUCCAAAGGAAAAGGAUGGAAGUAGUGGGGAAUUGAAGUCCUGGAAGCCUGUCACGGAGUAUCGCCUCACUGAAUGCUCGACUGAUGGCAAGGCAGGUCAGGAGGGCAAAAUGCAAGAGUCGAAUGAGACUAACCAGCCCAGGCCACGUUCACAGACAUGGAAACUGACGGAAAUAACCUUACCAGUAAAGCAACCAAAGUCACCAGAGAGAUGGGGCUGUAACGUCUGCCAGGUGGAAGCAACAAGUGAGCACAACUUACAGCAGCAUUUCGCAGGGCAGAAGCACCGGUCAAAUGUGGCAAGCUUGGAAUCAAGGAACAAUGGUGGAAGGCACCAGACAACGACUCGUGCCCUGCACCAGGAAGGAAGCAAGAGUAUGGCAAUGAACUAUGGGCACCUAGGACCACCCUCUGCUUGGGGUAAACUACCUCUGAAUGGUUCUAGCAGCAACAGCGUUGUGAGCUCGGAGAUGGCGCGGCACAUGAUGUCACUAUACUUCUGCAAGGUCUGCAAUGUGCAGUGCAGCAAUGAGUUUAUGUUUGAGGAGCAUCGUCGGGGCAAGAAACACAGAGGGAAGGUGUGCAAGAAGAAGGUGAUGACCUUCUGCAAGGUCUGCAAUCUGCAGUGCAACAGCGAAAAGAUGCUGGCCAACCAUCUUAUUGGGAAGAAGCAUCAGAAAAAUGCAAGCCUGAUGGGGCUGAUUUGAAGCAUGGCGCUGGUACGAUGGAUGUAUCCACGAUUUGAAUCAUGCUAUGGCGUUUUGCGCUCAUUUCAUGGAAUCGCUGCAACUAUCUUUUGUCAUUAGUACAAAAUAUUUUGAUAUUUGUGUUAUGAAAUAUGUAUGCUGCUAUGAUAUGUUGCAAUGCUACUGUGAAGUUACUUUCA